CUAUGAAAAACUAAUCAAUUUUGAAAUUUUAUAAAUAAAUAACAAAACACCCUUAGGCCACAAGACAGUACUGAAUCAAUAGUGACUUAUAAAUUAAAGGCCUAUUUUGUGAUUCAAUUCAAGGCAAUGAAGCUUAAGGUCAUGCAAGUAUUAAUAGUAAUGGUUGCUGCAUUAGCCCUGUUGGAAGGCACACUUGCAUCUGAUGAACCCCAACAAGUCCUACCAGGCUGCAAUAACACCUGUGGAGAUAUACAAAUUCCAUAUCCAUUUGGCAUAGGAUAUUCAACACUAGAUCAUAAACCAUGUUACAUGGAUUCCAAAUUUAAUCUCACUUGUGUAAACAACUCGACAUUAAUCCAUGGGAAUAUCACAGUCCUAAACAUAACUUCCCAAAGUCAAAUGGUAAUGAAAUUUUUCGUCUCACGUCUCUGUACCGAUGGUAAUAAUAAUACUGAAGAAAAAGAAGCCAAUCAACCUUUUCUCAACGUUCCUUCUUUCACAAUUUCAAGCACGGAAAACAAAUUCAUAACCGUCGGUUGCGACAGUUACGGGUAUCUCGACAGUAAUUUCAAUGGUGCCACUUAUUCAACAGGGUGCUUAACAAGGUGUCCCCGUUAUGAUUAUGAUCCUAAAAUGGUAAAUGGGAACAAUACUGGAAAAUGCACAGGUUUAGGGUGCUGCCAAGUGGAUAUUCCUCCACUUAUGAAAUAUAUCACUAUACAAACAUUUAAAUUCCCAAAUUCUAUAUCUCAGAAAGGUUGUAGUUAUUCCUUUAUUGCAAAACAAGGAUCCUAUAAUUUUUCUGUAGACCAUAUUAAUAAUCUACCUAAUCAAACUUUUCCCAUGGUUGUUAACUGGGCCGUUACAAAUGAAUCAUGUGAAAUAGCACAAACUACAAAUAGCUACGCCUGCAAGGAAAAUAGUGAAUGUGACGAUGAUGAUGAUUUAGAUUAUGACGGUUACAGAUGCAAGUGUUUGGAAGGUUUUGAAGGAAAUCCAUACCUUCCUGGAGGCUGCAGAGACAUUAACGAAUGUGCAACAAAUUUACAUAGAUGCAAAGAUAGCACAAAUUGUAAAAACACUCCAGGGAAUCACACUUGUUUCUGUCCAGUAGGCCAAACCGGAGAUGGAACAAAGGAAGGAGGGUGCCUACCAAUAGUACCUACUGGAGAUGAAACCGGGAAUGCAUAUCCAAUAGUACCUACUGUCCUUGGAGUAGGAGCAGCAUUUAUUGUUCUAUUUGUGGGGAUCAUUUCCUUCUUAGUAUACCAAAAGAGGAAACUUACCAAAUUGAAAGAGAAAUUCUUUAGACAGAAUGGAGGUUCUAUUUUGGAACAGAAACUUCGUCAAAGAAACGACUCAUCUCAAGUAGCUAAAAUUUUCAAAGAAAAUGAACUAAGGAAAGCCACUAACAAUUAUGACGAGAGCUUAAUCAUUGGUAGAGGAGGUUUUGGUACAGUUUUCAAAGGAGAACUAGAUGAUAAUAGAAUCGUUGCUAUCAAAAAGUCGAAAACAAUAGAUGAAAGCCAAAUUGAUCAAUUCAUUAAUGAGGUGGAUGUUGUCUCCCAAAUAAAUCACAGGAAUGUGGUUAAACUCUUAGGGUGUUGUCUAGAAACAGAAGUUCCUUUGUUGGUUUAUGAAUUUGUUAGCAAUGGUACUCUUUCUGAUUUUAUACACACAGAAGAUAAAGUGAAUAAGCCAACUUGGAAAGCUCGUCUUAAGAUAGCAGCCGAGGUAGCCGGAGCUUUGUCAUAUCUACAUUCAUCGGCCUCGAUACCAAUUAUCCACAGAGAUGUCAAGAGUGACAACAUUCUCUUAGAUGGAACCAACACUGCCAAAGUAUCUGAUUUUGGAGCUUCAAGAUUGGUUCCACUUGAUCAAACUGAAAUAGCCACAAUGGUGCAAGGAACUAUUGGCUACUUAGAUCCAGAGUAUAUGCAAACAAGCCAAUUGACUGAAAAAAGUGAUGUAUAUAGCUUUGGGGUAGUUCUUGUGGAACUGCUAACAGGGGAGAGACCUUUUAGUUUUGGUAGGCCAGAAGAGAGAAGAAGUCUUGCUAUGCAUUUUCUGUCAUGCCUGAAAAAGGAUAAUGUGUUUGAAAUUAUUGAAGAUGGUAUGUUGAAUGAAGAAAACAAACAAGAGAUCAAGGAGGUAGCUGUUCUUGCGGCGAAAUGUUUGAGACUUAGAGGGGAAGAAAGACCUAGCAUGAAGGAGGUGGCUAUGGAAUUGGAGGGAAUGAGGUUAAUGGAUAAGCACUCUUGGAUCAAUGAUGACUUAAAUGUAGAGGAGAAUCAGCACUUGCUUCGUGAAUCGUCAUCUCGCAUUUAUGAAACUGGUGAUAGCAGUAAACAUGGAGAUAUUGGGUAUGACAGCUUAAAAGAUCAUGUAUUGAUUGCCUUGGAUGAUGGAAGAUGAUUGGAAUGUGACAAAAUGCGUUUAUUUUGUAAUUUUAAUUUGUUUAUAUACUUAAUGUGUUCUGUGUUUGUAUCUUAGUUGUUAUUUAAGAUUUAUAUAUUAAGUAAAGAUAGAGAUGGAAGUGUACUAUUGUAAGGAAACUAUGAUGUAUCAUUGAAAUAUUUCCAUGUCAUAAAUCCUUCAGAAAGCUUGAACAUGAGAUUGCAGUCAUUUAUGAUAAAUAUUUUGACUAACUGGACUAAGAGUCAUGUAGUAAAGAGAAGUCCAAUCAUGAUAUAUUUUUGGCUAAAUUACACAUUUUCUGGUC